UUUCUGCCUUUGGCCUGUAGGAAUUGCAGCGUCCAAUCCAAACCGGAGACCGCGGUACAGUCGCAAAUGCAGCUGUCAGGGCGAAUCUUGUCAAUUAUGCCUUUUCGUGACUCCGGCAGACCCUUAGGUCGGCAAUUCUGAUAAGAUAGGAUCUCGCCAGGUAGUUUGCACAUCUCCUGGCCUGAAAAGCAAAGGUCUACCGCUGGAUGGACAGGAGAGCGGGACAAGGGGGCAUAAUCCUAGCUUAUCCACCCAGGGACUAAAGACACGAAAGAGCUACAAACAGUUUUAUGAAAUAUAUAUAUAUAACAACAACAAACAACAAUUGUAUUUGAUUUUUGUUUUGUAGAGAGCUGUGAUCGAUUGUUUUUAUUACCUCCUGUUUUUGGAGAUUCUGUUUUUUUUGUUUUGUUUUUCUGUUGUUGUUUUUUAUUUCAAAUUAUUGAGACAUUCCGUAACGAGAAGACUGGUUUGUGUGGUGGAUUAAAGAAAAAACAGAGAAGAAAACUGUUAGUAUAUGGAUCAUCAGCAAUAUAGAUACGGAUAAUCGACACGUGAAAUUAAUCACAGGACAGUUAUCUCAAAGACCAUUGUUCUUUCAUUCCUUCAUCUUUGUCUCGUGUCGUCCCUGCCGGAGAUGUCGCUUCAUCCGCUCGGAUACACCUAUACAACGACAUCACCACCGCUGUCAGCGUCACAGCUUCGGAGCACCAGUUCGCCUACCACGACAAUGCCCGGGUCGUGCUGCGAGAAUGGCCGAGCUCUGGUGACAAACCCGCACACGGGACAGACCGUGUGUUCGUGCCAGUACACCCCCAGCCUCAUGAGCUACUCCAGAGUUGCGGGCCUUGCCGACAGUCUGUACCAGGCGUCGCCCUACUCGACCCAGGGCUACGUACCACUAGGAGCAGAACAUUCCGCGUUCUACCCACCACUGAAUGGGCAUUACGAGCUGAAGGAGCCGGGAGAAACAUGGCGGGGCAUCAGUCAACCGACAGCCUGUUACCCGUAUGACACUGCCAUGGCCGCAUACCCCUACAGCAAUGCUUACGGAACUGUGGAUCUCAACAGUGCUGCAAGACGAAAGAACGCCACGAGGGAGAACACGAACACACUGAAGGCGUGGUUGUACGAACACAAGAAGAACCCGUACCCGACCAAGGGAGAGAAGAUCAUGUUGGCCAUCAUCACGAAGAUGACCUUGACCCAGGUCUCCACGUGGUUCGCCAACGCCAGGAGGAGGCUCAAGAAGGAGAACAAGAUGACGUGGUCGCCCAGAAAUCGAUCGGGCGAAAACGACGACGACGAGGACGACGACGAAAAUAAGAACAAGUCUGACAGCGACGAUGAGGUGGAUGGAGAGAAGAAUGGCGAGCACGGAGUGAAAGAAGAAAAGUCAGAUGAUGAUGAGGCGAAAGCUGGAAAAAUAAACGAACGCCUACCAAAAAUAGACUUAGGAAGUCGUGUACCAAGUUUCCCUGGUGACACCAGCAGAUCGGCAAUAGGGAGUUUAUCGGAUGAAAGUGCGCAUGCGUCCGUGUCCUCUCCGGCUGACCCGACCUCUGUGGGACUGGGACUGGGCGUGUCGACGGCACCAGACAACAAACGGCCGGACUCACUGUGUUCCAACAGCAACGAUUCUGGCUUGAGCGACGUGAACGGCAGUUUUAAUGACAUCACGGGUUCUUGCGAUCCGAACGCGAUGCCCCCGAAAAUCUGGUCACUGGCUCGCGUGGCUACGUCGGACACGGGAUACCUGAACACGAGUCCAUCGGCUCGAACCUACUCCUCUUCUUCAUCCGCCAGUCGUUUCUCGGAGGACAAGCAACACCCCUCCCCUUCUCUGCCCUUAGCGGGAGAGGCGUGGGGAGACAGGGUGCUCCCUGGGAGUUCGUUGUAUACGGGUAGCUCGUUUAGCCUCACGGGCAUAAAAUCCGAGCAGCCAGGGCUUGCGCAAGGGUUAGCGGCCCUACCCAACAGACUAAUCACAAGCAAUAUUAGCCGGGCUUAUUCGCAGCUUAGCCAGCUAUGUCCUAGUCCACCAAUGUCAUUGGAAUAGACUCGAAUGUUAUGGGUGAAUUAACAUAAAACUGUAUGCUGUUCAUGAUGUUUAAUUCCAGAAAAAAAAGCUCCAGACGUUUUCAAAUAAUUUCUGGUGUGAUCCAAACUGGAUGGUUUUGAGAACAGAACACCUUACACCAUUGAAACCAAGGCGAAUGAUUGACUUAUUUGAAUAUUCAGGGUAACCUCUUGUAAAACCUCUGUUGUGAGCAAAUGUUCAAAACGAAUAUUCAAUGAAUAUGUUGAAGACACAUUCUAACUUAUAUGAUCUUAUAUCAAAAUCGCUACAGCUGCGAAAUAUGCUGAUGUAAGAGACGAUUAAAUAUUUGUUGAGAAUAAUAAGCUGCCACAAAGCACGGUAGACCUGGGCAAAAGGGAUUACCCAAUAUACAUUAUAUAUUCAAGAAAAGAUUCACCGUGGUAUAGUUUGUAUGUAAAAUACAUUUUUAAUAGCAAACCAUUAAAAACUUUCUUAUCAGCAACAAUUAUCUGGGAGUGACUUUUCAAGAAUAGCUGCUAAAAACUCGCUAUUCAUGAGCAACGGUUCUUGAUCUUGAUUCAUCUCAUAUUUGUACCAGUAAUAAUAUAACCUGUAUUCUUAGUGUUAAUAUAUCAAGUCUCACAACGGUAACGAACUGGUGAAUGAACACAGAUUAUUCUUGCUUGUUGAUUGUAAAACUGUGAUGCCAAACAAGUACGUCAGUAGUGGCCAAAUAUUCUAACCUGAUUCUGAGACUAUGUCCAAGAAACAAUUUACGCUGUAUUGUUAUACCAUAAAAAGAAGAAGAGAAAAACAGAGAAAAAAAAAAAGGAGAAAAAAAAAUCUGCCACGUGAGCGAAAACUCUUGAACCCAGAUACUCGUAUGUACUCAAGUGCUAAGUUAAUUGACUUUCUGUGUUUUUCAUCCUGGCAGUAGCGUUUCGACCUCCGCCGAGAACGUAAAUCGCCUGUGCUAAUGUGUAUGCCAUGAAUUGGCGAUAUGGAGAGGAAACUAUUCUACAUAUAUUUGCAAACCGCCGGUCAGUUAAAAUAUAAGAAUAAGGACGACAGACUUGGCGUCCCCAGGUUUUUUAAAUUUAUAAAUUCACCAACAAAAUAAGCUGCCUGGGGACACAAUGGAGUCAAAUUUCAAUCGAGAUGGGUCAAGUUUAAUGGUUUCAUUCAUGGCAAAUUUUGUAAAUCACUUUACCUUUUCCGUUAUGAUUCGUUUUUUGUUCUUAUUCAUUUAUAUGCAUUGUCACACAGCCAGAAAUGUGAUAUGCAUACUGUGAUGCAGUUUGUAGUUGCACUGAAGGUAAAGCAUUUGUAAGGAGGGUCUUGGGGUUAUGUUCCCAAGACCAUCGGGUUUGUUUACUGUAUUCCAAAACCCGCGUUUGACAGUGCGAACGUAGCUAUUUUAAUAAUGCAGUAGACAUUUUAUUUAAAUCGGCGCCCUCGUGAUCACCCCGUUGUGAUUGUCAGGUCUUAACUUCCCACGUGAAUGGAUCCAUAAGUGUUAACUUUUCUUGUGAAUCUGGUUCCUUAUUUUAUCGAACAUACCAAAUUUAUAAAAGAACACCAUUACUGAAUAUGACUGAAAAAUAUGUGAACGAUAAAACAAAACAUAUAUCUUGGUUUGUUACAACUUUAACGAUUGAUUUGUGAAUGUGACAUUAUGAAGUCUGUGUUACGAAAAUUAAAAUAAUACUUUUCUGUCAACCACAAACUAAGAACACCGUGAAGUGGAGCAAAGAACCGAUAUUGUGUGUGUGUGUGUGUGUGUGUGUGUCCACAGAUUCUUGAUGUUUUCGCUAUAAUAUCUAUAUGAAGACUGUCUGUUUGAAUUACACCCUAGUGGGUGACAAAAAACUGACAGUGAUUAUGGAUAUGUAAUUUAAAAACUAAAUUCAGUGAGGCAAUGUCACUGAUAGUAUAAUCUACUGUAUUAUGAUCAAUAUAUAUAUAUACGAGAUUAAAACAUAUGACUAUAUAUA